CCAGUCACGAAGAAAUGCCAAGACCGCACAGCCACAACACUGGCUACUUGCAUUGCAGCUGUGUGCCGAGUAUCCGUAUUAUAUACACCGCAAGUCAAAUCACGUUCGUUUGCCAACGUGUACCGAUACGUGCGGUGAGUGUAGUAUGAUUCAGGUUCCAUGGGACUGAGUAUGGACAAAGACUUAAUCAUUCAGACUGGAGGCUGUGUAUGCACACGUCAGACCAAGUGGCACAGCCGAGUCAGCUAGAAGUUAGAGGGUACUUCAUAGGUGUUUGCUAGCACUAACAUGAUAUUGAUAUAUUAAUAUAACUAUGCUCUAUCCCUCUUCCCCCUUGGACUUUCUCACAUCUGCCAUACCGACCCGACUUACAACAUAUACAUUUUCGUCAAAAGCUAACUGGAUCGACUGAAUCCCCACAUAUCAACAUGGAUCCGCGUUACGGCAACCAGGGUGAGGCUUCUUCCUACUAUGGCGGCCAGCCCAACUCUCAAUAUCCUUCCUAUGGACAGCAAGAGCACGGGCAACAAGGAUACGGACAGCAAGGGUACGGACAGCCUAGCAAUCCUCAAUACGGCAACGCAUACGGCUCUGGUCCUGGAGAUCGGUACGGUGAACGCCAGCAUGAAGGGCCUUAUCAAUCCGGUCCCCCAAAUGCCGGCCCGGGUGAAGACGGAGAGCGCGGUCUGAUGGGAGGACUUGCUGGUGCCGCCGCCGGCGCUUAUGGUGGACAUAAAAUGGGCCAUGGAGUCAUCGGAGCUAUCGGUGGCGCUAUAGCUGGUCACAAACUAGAGGACUUCGUCCAUGAUCGCAAGGAAAAGAAGGAAGAAGAAAAGCUACAUCACCAGGUUUCAUCACCGCCGCCUGCUUAUUCGAAUUCUCACCAUGGUGAUCACGGAGGACGUCAUUCUCCAAGCCGAGACAGGUCGAUUGGAAACUAUGCCGGCAACUUUUCCGCCUCGUCGCAUGAUAUACAUCUCGAAGGAGACUACGACCUCCGCGCAAAUUGCUCACGCCGAGGAGGAGGAAGCAACGUCAGCAUCCUAAACCUGAACGAAAUUCUUAGCAACAACGACGGUAAUUUCUGCUGGGCAAGUGGAGGGUCUGGUUCCAGCACCGUCACCGUACAGCAGGGUGAUACCUUGAGGGAGAUUGCCCGACGGUGCAACUGUAGCUUCGAGGACAUCGCUAGAAGGAACAAUAUUGCCAACCCAGACAUGAUCUACCCGGGACAAACGCUGCAAGUGCCGGGCCGGGCAACCGGAAAUUUCAGCGCUUCGGCUCGGGACAUCCAUCUCGUCGACGGCGGACGGAUCCUAGAGGCGGAGCUGGUAGAUACCAGAGGCCAGUGGCAUCGACGCCGGAUUAACUUGGACGAGCGCAUCGGAAACUCGGAUGGACACUUGCGCUUCGUCUAAGAGGGAUGACUGACUGGACUGAUGAUUAUGCCAAAAAUAAACUGGAAGACUUAUGAUUAAGAAAAAUUAGUAUGCGUCUUACUAUGGGAAUGAAACUCUUUAGAUACCUACCUAGGUAGCCAGCGCGUUUACUGCUGUUAAUAUUAAUCGUUGGUGAUAUCUCUUAUGCUGGGCAUAUACCUAACCUACAUAAUUAGAUAGCCACUGAAUAAAUCCUCGCCAAGACUACCCUACAUCACUAGGUUACGACCUAUAGAAGCGUUUACUCCUAUAAGACAAGCCAGGGUAGUCAGGUGACCUGCAAAU